UAACAGCCGCAUUCCGAUCCAUUGCAGCAAGCGUUGAGGUUUGCCAACAGUUCGCUGCUGGUGGGAGAUGGAGCAAGGAGAAGGAAAUCUCCAACGGCUUUUGAAAUGGGCAUCAGAAAUUGGAAUAUCAGACUCAACCAGUUGCCAAGCUUCGUGUUUGGGCCACUCUCUCGCCGUCUCCUUCUUUCCUGAUUCCGGCGGGAGAGGUCUGAGUGCUGCUCGUGAUCUUACAGAAGGAGAGUUAAUUCUCAAAGUUCCAAAGUCCGCUUUGAUGACAAGCACAAGUCUUUCACUGAAGGAUGACAAACUCUCUCUUGCUCUCAAUGCUCAUCACUCUCUCUCCCCUACCCAGAUAUUGGCUGUUUGUUUACUGUAUGAAAUGGGGAAAGGGAAGAGUUCAUGGUGGCACCCUUACCUGAUGAAUUUGCCUCGCAGCUACGACAUUCUAGCAACUUUUGGUGAAUUUGAGAAGCAAGCUCUGCAAGUGGAUGAUGCUAAAUGGGCUGCUGAAAAGGCCACAUUGAAGGCUGAGGAUGAUUGGAAAGAAGCUAAUGCGCUCAUGGAACAACUUAAGCUCAAGCCUCAACUUCGGACAAUUCGGGCAUGGCUUUGGGCUUCUGCAACUAUAUCCUCAAGGACGUUGCAUAUACCAUGGGAUGCAGCUGGGUGCUUAUGUCCUGUUGGAGACUUAUUUAAUUAUUCUGCACCUGGAGAAGAGCCUUCUGGUUGUGAAAGUAUGGAGCAUGCAACGCAUGACUUGGUGAACGAUGAUAGUUCUGGUACGCUGGACGUGGACGCUUCUGAUUCACGAAGAUUAACUGAUGGAGGGUUUGAGAAGGGUAUGGACGCCUAUUGCUUCUAUGCUAAGAAAAGCUACAAAAAAGGGGAGCAGGCCCUUUUAAGCUACGGAUCAUACACGAAUCUGGAGCUUCUUGAGCACUAUGGCUUUCUCUUAAAUGGAAACCCAAAUGACAAAGUUUUUAUUCCUUUGGAACCUGAAAUAUAUUCGUCCUGUUCAUGGCCUAAAGAGUCAUUGUAUAUACAUCAGAGCGGGAAACCAUCUUUUGCUCUACUGUCAGCUUUGCGAUUAUGGGCAACCCCACAGAACCAGCGAAGGUCUGUUGGACAUCUUGUUUAUUCAGGACUCCAACUCUCAAUUCAAAAUGAGAUGUAUGUCAUGACAUGGAUAUCGAAGAAGUGCAACACUAUUUUGAAGAGUCUGCCGACAUCUUUUGAAGAAGAUCGUUUGUUAUCAAGUGCCAUUGACAAAAUCCAAAAUCUCGAGUCCCCUUUGGAGCUCAAUCAGUUGUCAUCCACUUGUAGAGAUGAGAUUUGUGCUUUCAAAUCUAAUGUUGUGCAGAAGGGAGAAAGAAGUAGUAUGCAGUCAAGGGAGAGGUGGAGAUUAGCUGUGGAGUGGAGGCUCAGUUAUAAGAAGAUCCUGGUUGAUUCCAUUUCUUAUUGUGAUGAAACUGUAAGUUAUCUCUUUCAUGAAAACAACUCGGUCCAAAAAUGAAAAUCUUCUGCUUUCUUUAUUUCA